AUAAUCACCUACAUCAAAAUAAUCACCUCCAUCAAAAUACUCGGCCGGGCGCCGUAGUGAAACAUCGGAGCAAAUGUGACCAAGGCAUUAAUAGACGGCGCGAUCAUUACGCUGGAUAAUAAGGAAAGUUCUAGCGUGUGGGUGAUGUUACACGAGGCUUGUCUGAUCUGUUAAAGGACCCCUAGGAUUCAAUUAAUAUUUUUCCAUAAAAAAGGCGAUAAUAUAACAUAUCUCCACGGAGAAUUUAAUUUCACACGACAGUUUCACAAUACUACUCAAACUUUCCUUGAUUGAGAUACCAUUCGUGGGCGUUCAUGGAUUAUUUAUAGCUAUGCUUUACAACGUCAGACAACUACAUAUUAAGAAAUUACAAAACAUAGGAUCGAAGAUAACGCAAUUAUCAACAGUCUGGGAAACUCCAUUGAGAGAACUGUUUCAAGUAUCGGAUUAACAGUUCCGAGGACACCUAUAUAACAGACUUACUUGCAACCUACACGCACAAUGCAUCUGGCAUUACAAGAGUGAAUUGCUGCAGCGCCUACAUACGUUUACAUACACGCGUCAUACACACGCUUACGUUUUAAAAUCCAAGCGUACAUUACAGGGUGGGCAAUAAAGGUUUGAGUGAUGGAUCUCGUGAAGAACUAUAGAUGUACUCUCGAUGAUAGAUCGUUGGCGUACGCAAAGGAUGAAUUGAACGAAGAGCCAUCGGAACGCCAAGGAGCAGUUGAGACGUUGAGGGAUUGGGUUAAACAACAGCCACACCUCGUGUGCAGAUUGGAUACAUUGUUCCUCUUACGGUUCUUAAGAUGCGCUAAGUUUAGUCAACUUAAGGCCAGGAAGAUGCUGGAGACGUUUACCUCACUAAUGGGAAAGGUUCCGGAAUGGUUUAAAAAUAUAGACACAAGGGAAGAGAGCAUUCAAAAGGUCAUAGAUAUCGGGUACUGUUUACCCUUGCCUGGAGUUGACGAUGAAGGAAGAUCUGUAAUCCUUUGUAGGUUAGGUGCGUUUAACCCUGACGACAAAGACCUGUCCCCUGCUGUACUUGUACGCACAUGUAUGGCGAUAUGGGAAUGGAUCCUAUCUCAAGAACACGCAUGCGUCAACGGAGUAAUCACUAUAAUGGAUUUUACUGGCUUCACUCUGAAGCAUUUUACAUUUUGGGGUGUUGAGACUAUAAAAAAGACUACUUUAUUUCAACAAAAGCACUUCCCGGCCCGUUCUAAAGGCACUCACUACUACAACACAAGCGCCAUCUUUGAGCGGAUUCUCUCAAUUAUGAAAACCGUCCAUUCCAACAAAAUGAUGGACAGGGUGCAUCUCCAUGGCAGCAAUCUCGAAACGCUUUAUGAAACAGUUCCAAUGAGAAUGUUACCAACUGAAUAUCUCCCAGACGACUAUACUGGCCCUAACGCAGGAUCUAUCAAAGAUUAUGCAGUUGAGGUGAGAAAACAGUACACAGAUGAUAAAAUCCGAGACUUUAUUCUUUAUGACUCAAGCGAUAAAUGGGUUUUCGAGGAGAGGAAACGACCUAUUGAAGAAUUAGGGUCCGAGGGACAGGGUUCAUAUAGACGGUUGUCAAGCAACGAGUGACAACGAGGACUUGGCGUGUUAGAUUCACACUCAUACUCCUAGCUACUUUCUCACUAAGUUUUUGCCUUGUUAUCGAUCCACAGAAGGGGAGGUGUAAAUCGUUCUAAUAAAGCGAAUUUGAUAUGAAGCAUUCCAUCGAGAGCGUCUACAAGACUGUGAUCCUACUAUUUAAAGUCCCCGUGCAAAGUUGAUACCACUCUUGUCCAAUGUUACCAAAGUGUGACAUUUGUAACCUGUUUUUAUUUGUUAUUUGGGACAUAACGAUGAUGCUAAUUUAUUAAACCAAAGGUACAAUAAUACAGUGUGUCCCA